AUGCACACCCUUUUAUGUACUACUAGUACAGUCACGUGCCCCAACACCAUUUCAUUUUUGUUCAUCUUCCAACAAACAACAAAAUCAACACCCAAAACCCUCUCAUAAUCCCCUCCAUAAAAAUGGCAAUGAGCAACAACAUCAUAGGAUUCAUAAACCUAGUAGCUGUAAUCCUCUCAAUCCCAAUCAUUGGUGCUGGAAUCUGGCUAACAAACGAACCAGCAGACACAUGUGUCAAAUUUCUCCAAUGGCCAGUCAUAAUCCUUGGUGUUCUUCUCUUAGUUGUGUCUCUUGCUGGUCUCAUUGGUUCCUUUUGGAGAAUCUCAUGUCUCCUAAUAUUCUACCUAGUUGCUAUGCUUGUGCUUAUUAUCUUGCUAGUUUGUUUGGUUAUUUUUGUUUACAUGGUUACUCUUCGUGGUCAUGGUAUGAUUGAACCUAAUAGGGCUUAUUUGGAAUACCGUUUGGAUGAUUUUUCUGGGUUUUUGAAAAGAAGAGUUAGAAGUUCUUUUAAGUGGGAUGCUAUUAGAAGUUGUCUUAGUCAAACAAACAUGUGUGGUGAGUUGAAUCAAAGUUUUCGUAUGGCUCAGGACUUCUUUAAUGCACGUUUAACACCAAUGCAGUCUGGGUGCUGCAAACCACCAACACAAUGUGCAUACACAUUUGUGAACCCAACAUAUUGGAUUAGUCCAAUAAACAAUGCAGCUGACAUGGAUUGUCUUCAAUGGAGCAACGACCAAACAACACUUUGUUACAACUGUGACUCAUGCAAGGCUGGUUUGUUGGCAAAUCUUAGGAAGGAAUGGAAAAGAGCUAAUGUGAUAUUGAUCAUCACUGUUGUCGUUUUAAUUGUGGUUUAUUUGAUUGGAUGCUUUGCUUUUAGGAAUGCCAAAACUGAGGAUCUCUUUCGUAAGUACAAACAAGGCUACACUUGAUCAUAAGAUUUUUAGCAUGUAAGAUGUAAAGUUUGGUGCUUUAACAUUGGUGAUGAAAUUGGUCGUUCUGUUUAGUUUAAUUACUAGUUUUUUUUUUUGUUAUAUUAUUAUUAGUUUAACUAGUAAUCUGAAGUUCGAUCAGUAGAUAAUUAAAGUCGUUUCAACAAUUGUUUCAUCAAAGAAUCAAACUCGACUUCUUUUAAAUAAUUUGUUCUUAAGUGCUCAAUUGUAACUUAGUUAAAUCCUAGCUAGUUUCAUUAUGGGUCAUGCUAAAAAUCUACUAUGAAUGAAUUUGUGUGUUCCACUUAUUUUGAGAAGAAAAGAUGCUUGUUUUUUAUGGGUAGUGAUGAAAUCAUGAAAGUUUAA